UGACGCACGUAAACUUGCUUAAUUUCUUGUGGCGAAAUACGGAUGUUGGUGCAUGAAUCAGAUCGCAAGCAUUGCAGCAAAUAUUUGAAACAAAAAAUUGCUGGAAAAACUCAGCAAGUCUGACACAAUCUGUGGAAAGGAAGACAGAGUUAAUAUUUCGAGUCCGUAUGACUCAAAACAUUUGAGUCUGGUCAGCAAUCGUGAAGAAGAAUGUUUUAUUUUGUUCGUUUAUGGCGAGAAGAAUUUCGUCACUGAAACUAGGCGGAGACUCCGGCUACAAUUAGUUGAAUGUGGCAGAGUUUCGCCGCCACCCCUCAGUCUGCUGUUUCUGCAAGAGAAGAUGAGGAGACAUACUUGUUUUGUGCUGGCCUUCAUUACUAUCACCUUCCUGGUGUACGUCUCAGGAUAUUCUGAUGGCAAAGUUAGUAUGGCCUGUGGCUCCAUGCUGCCUAAGCAUGGUGCGAGCAGUGAACAGACAACAGAUCCACCAUAUCAAAUCAUUGCAAGCAGCAGCUCCUUUAACCCAGGAGAUAUAAUCCAAGUGACGCUGCGAAGCAAUCCAGGAAUCGACUUCAAAGGAUUUUUGCUGGAGGCUCGAUCUGCUGAUGCUUCAACAUCUGUGACAUUUCUUGGCACCUUCAGUAUAACAAGUUCAAAAGCUCAGCUCCUCGACUGCCAUGGUGAUGGGAUUACCUAUAGGAAAUCUGCUGUAAGUCAAACCUCAGCAAUUAAAAAAUCAGAGAUUAUCGUCAAUUGGACUGCAUCGGAUACAGGCAACAUUCAGUUCAGAGCUGCUGUUGUGCAAACAUUUUCCAAGUUUUGGACUCAAGUCAAGAGUCAGAUCAUCGAAAGAUCUGUCACCAGUGAUUCUCCUACCACCAUCAACACCUCGACUAUUGUAACCAGUGUGUCUCCUACCAUGACCACCCUUCUACAAACUGUCACUCAACCUCAGGGGAUCUCUAGUGAUGGAUGCGGCACCACCAAGUUUUGCUUCAAUAAUCCUGCACGGUGUAAUCCAGCCAGUGAUGGGAACUGUUUCUUUAUGUCAUCCACUCCAUUGGGUAAACAAGGUUUGCAAUUUGAAAUGAGUGGAAGGGCAACUGGCUACAUCUCGAUUGGCUUUUCAGAUGACAAAAUAAUGGGCAAUGAUGAUAACUACAUUUGUGGUAAGGACAACUCUGGAAAUGUACAAGUGCAGCGUGCCUAUUCCACAGGAAAAGAGCUUCCUCGCACAGAGCAGCUGGGUGAAGUGAACAAUGUACAUACUGCCGAUGUAAAUGGAGUCAUUCAGUGCUCAUUCAUCACAAGAAACAACAUUUCGAUAGUACAAAGAGCUUCUAACAACCUGUACUACUUAUUCUUUGCGUAUGGGCCUUCUGCUGGUGGACAAAUAAGAAAGCAUCCAGAGAUCCCAUUCAUUUCAGAAGAGAAAGUAGAUGUUAGCGUUAUACAGUCAGCUUCAGGGAACAACGGCAGAUCCAUCCUCACCAAGGUUCAUGGUGCACUGAUGUUAAUAGCCUGGAUGACAACUGGAAACAUUGGAAUGAUAAUUGCUAAGUUCUUUAGGAGCAUUGGAGGCAGUAGGAAAAUUUUGGGCAAGGAUAUUUGGUUUCAGCUACAUUCGUUUCUGAUGGUGCUAACUGUUGCUGCAACAAUCAUUGGCUUUGUGCUGAUAUUUGUGAAGGAGAAAGGUUGGAGUUCUAAUGCAGGAGCUCACCCUGCGUUGGGAUGUAUUGUAAUGGGGCUCGCACUGAUUCAACCUACUGUAGCCAUGUGCCGACCUACACCAAAUGACAAGAGACGAUAUAUUUUUAACUGGUUUCACGCCUUCAUGGCUUUAGUCAUCAAGUGUCUUGCAGUGGCAACUCUGUUUCUAGGGUUCAAUCUGAUAAAUGUAACAGCAAAUAGAUGGCCGGAGAAGGUCUUGGGAGGACUUGUUGGAUGGGAAGCCCUGUUAUACAUCAUGCUUUCUGUAUAUUGCUAUACUAAAGGAAACGCUUUGUACGUCAACCUGAGGAACAAGGUGGAGCCUGAUUUGCUCAUAUUAAUCGUGUACCUUUGUGGAAACUUGGCAUUUCUGAUAGCUCUCCUCGUGGGGAUUGGACAGUCCUAAAAUGCUAUUUGCAAGAGAGAUCGUCUUGGAUACAUCAACAUCAUUAGCUCAACCCCGCCAUGUCAUACGGGCCUUAAGUCUGAGCUGUGUCCUAAAUGUACAUCUCUCAGUACAAAGAAAUCUGAUAGGAAUACAGAAGCAGAUCCUUAUUUGCACAAUAACUACCAUUUGAUUUUGGAAAGAUGACUAUUCUGCCAAAAAUCAUACUAAUUAGCCGAGGAAUUGUGUACAAUGGCACCUUCUAAAGACUGAGGAAACAUUUUUAAGAUCAUUAAGUGUGGCCAUCAUUGCAUAAAUCCCACAUAAUGUAUUAUAUUUUCCACUCACAUCGAAAUGAGAAACAAAAAAAUAGAAGUAAUUAUUAUGUUGCUUUUAUUUUCUCUUUCGCGUUUAAUAUUUUCCUACAAAUAGUAUGUUGUUGGCAUCAUUGAGGAAAAUGGUGGAUGAGGUACUGCGAUCGACACUGCAAGUUGCAAUUGCAUAAACAGCAAAGAAACCUUGUGUAUGUAUUGGGGCUAAUUGCAAUCCAUUCACACCAGCAACUCUUCCGGGUCACUGUCCAUGGUGAUGUUAUCACAUAUCCACAUUUACAGCAGAUGAAAGGAUUUUAAUGUAGAUUCUGACUCGGUAAACAUUUCAAUUUUUGGAAGAGUGUGAUUCCAUUUUUUCCUCUCUUUUUAUUGCCAAUUUUCUCCCACUCUGUCUGAAUCAGUUGCUUGGAUAUCGUUUCAUAGGACAGUCAUCUUCCUGAGUCUAGCCCUAUUGGCUAUCAAACACAGGUGAGCCUUGACCAUAAUUAUUGUAAGGUAUUUUGUCUGCAAGAGCCAAGCCCUCUCUUGUCCUACUUCAUGUCCACAUGUGCUUUCAAUAGUGACGGCCUUCUGCCUUUAGAAUAAGCAGAAGAUACACUAUCGCUCAUAUUCAACAUUUCUUCACUAAUUAUCGUACAGUGAAAAUAAACAGAAUACUUGACUGUCAUCAACAAUUGAAAUGAAUCACUGAUUAUUGCAGCACAGAAUUGGGAGGCCAUUUGGCCCGUCAUGUCUGCGCCAGCUCUCUGAAUAAACAAUUUGUCUAGUGGCAUUCUCUUGCCUUCUCCAAGUGAGCCUGCAUAUUCUUCCAUUUCAGAUAAUAAUCUAAUUCUCUCUUGAAAUCCUCGACUGAACCUGCCAGCAUCACACACUCAGGUAGUGCAUUACAGACCUUGACCACUCACUGAGUGAAAAAGUUUCUCCGCAAGUCUCCAUUGCUCUUUUGCCAAUUAUCUGUGCCUACUCAUGCAAACCAUGCAAAUUUUGUUCACAUCACCAAUACCAAUAACAUUGAGAGUGUGUUUUCCAUUUACAUUGGUUGAUUUUUAAAAAAAAUUGUUGAUGGUAAACUUAUCGAAAUUAUUCUUUGCACUUCUUCCUUUAUCAGAAACUGUGUGUGUAUAUAAAAUGUAUUUUAAAUCAAAGUUUUGAUAAAGCAGAUUAUUCUCUUAAA